UCGUCUCUUCUCUCUCUUUUUUCUCUUUCUCUGUCUCUUUCUCUCUCUCUCUCUCUCUCUCCGUUGGAAUUAAAGUAUUGGGAGUGAGUGUGAAGGCGCAUUAAAUGUUCUGCACCGACUCCCGGUCGCCGGAAUCUUCGUCACUUCCCGCAUUUCACGCCGGAUUGUUCUGCAGCGCUCGUUUCUUCGGGUAGGCUCGUUUCGGGGAAGCGAUUCUUGUGAAUCCUGUUUGUCGCAUUUGAGCUCGUGAAGCGACUGUUUUGUUUUUCAGAUUCUUACUCUGCGUUUUCCUUGCUUUAAUCGCUUUAAUCGUCUGCUCUUUCCGGAAAUUUGGCCUUUUUCUUUUUUUCGUUUUCCCUCGAGUUGUGCUUUCGACUUUGAAGAAUGCCGCUGUGCAUUGUGUUGGUGGGUGUUUAGCCGGCGUCGUUUGCUAAUGUGGUUGCCGGAUUGGGUGUGGUAGACUGCUAGGGUUUUUCUAUAGUGGUUUUUUUCUGUGGUUUUUGCUGGUGGCCGUUUCCUGGUCGCAAUUUCUAGCCGUUACGAGCAAAAAAGUCGUGGCGUCGUAUUUAAGCAAACAUUAUGUGUGUGUUGUGUUUCUGCAGACUUUUGGAGGAAGGAUUUAGGAAUUGUUAGUCUUUUGCUCGCCAUUCUUCAGUUCUUGGACUUCAUUGUGUUUCCUCUCAAAAUUAGGGAAGCUUGUUUGGUGGGUUUAUUUUGGUGUCUAUUAUCAGGAGGGGAAAUCUCUGUUGGAUUCGUUUAAAACCAUUUAAUGUCUUAGUUCGUCUGCAUUUUACUGAUAUCCUGAAAAUGAGAAGUGUACUUGCUGUUUUCUUGUUCAUUUGUUUGUCUCCAUUCUUGGUGAAAUCCUUGAGCCCUUCUUUGAAUGAUGAUAUUCUGGGUUUGAUCGUGUUCAAAGCCGAUGUUCGUGACCCUGAUGGGAAAUUGAGUUCAUGGAACGAAGAUGAUGACAGUCCGUGUGACGGUUGGGUAGGGGUGAAAUGCAACCCUAGAUCCAAUCGAGUAACAGACCUUACUCUUGAUGGCUUUGGCCUUUCAGGGAAACUAGGCAGAGGUCUUCUUCGAUUGCAGUUUCUGCAGAAGCUUUCAUUUGCCAAAAAUAAUCUGACGGGAAGUUUAAGCCUCAGCCUUGGUCAGCUGCCUGAUCUAAGAGUUCUUGACUUGAGUGAGAAUGCCUUAUCUGGGUCAAUUCCAAGUGAUUUCUUUUCCCAAUGUGGAGCGUUGAGAUCUAUUUCCUUGGCUAGAAACAAGUUUUCAGGCCCAAUUCCGGAGAGUCUAGGUUCGUGCUCCACUCUUACUUCCCUUAAUUUCUCUGGUAAUCAGUUCUCUGGUCCAUUGCCCUUGGGAAUUUGGUCGAUGACUGGGAUUAGAUCACUUGAUUUGUCUGAUAAUAUGUUAGAUGGUGCAAUUCCAAAGGGUAUUGAAGUUUUGAACAAUUUGAGGGUAAUCAGUUUGAGAAACAAUAAGUUUACUGGUGAGGUUCCUGAUGGAAUUGGUAAUUGUUUGUUGCUGAGAUCAAUUGAUAUGAGUCAAAAUUUGCUUUCUGGUGAGAUUCCAAGCACAAUGCAGAGGCUUUCUUUGUGCAAUGAUCUAUGUUUAGGUGGAAACUGGUUCACGUCUGGGGUGCCCACGUGGAUUGGUGACAUGAGAAGCCUUAAGACUCUUGAUCUUUCUGAUAACAAUUUCACAGGUCAACUCCCAGAUUCCUUGGGGAAGCUUCAGUCGUUGAGGAUUCUCAAUACAUCCAAGAAUGGGCUCACGGGAAACUUGCCUGAAUCUAUGAGCAACUGCCUGAAUCUAAUGGCUGUUGACAUUAGUCAUAAUUCUCUAACAGGAAAUAUUCCUUCUUGGGUGUUCAGACUUGGUUUACAGCAAGUCUUGUUUUCUGGGAAUGGAUUAAGUGGUAGCAUUGACGAUGCUUUAGCCUCAUCAACAGUGAGCUCUCAGAAAAACCUUGUGAUUUUGGAUAUUUCCCAGAAUAAGCUAUCUGGUGCAAUUCCAAAUGCCGUUGGAGCUUUUGGCAGCUUGCGGUUUCUGAGUCUGGCUAUGAACUCUUUUGUUGGCAGCAUUCCUCCUAGUAUUGGACACUUGAAAUUUUUAAAUAUUCUCGACUUGAGUGAAAAUCGGCUGAAUGGAAGUAUUCCUUCAGACAUUGAAGGACUCACAUCCCUCGAUGAACUGAGGCUGCAAAAGAACUCUUUGGCUGGCAGCAUUCCUCUAUCGAUUGGAAACUGUGCUUCACUUAGAUUCUUGUACCUCAGUCAUAAUGAAAUAACUGGUCCCAUCCCGUCCUCCCUCGGAAAACUCCCUAACCUACAAAGCGUCGAUUUCUCUUUCAACAAACUGACAGGAGCCCUACCUAAGCAGCUUGCGAAUCUUGUAAGCCUCAAGUCAUUCAAUAUUUCACACAACCAGAUAGAAGGUGAACUCCCUGCUGGUAGCUUUUUCAACACCAUUGAUCCAUCGUCUGUAUCAGAUAAUCCCUCUCUUUGCGGGGCUGCAGUCAAUAGAAGUUGCCCCACAGUUCUUCCCAAACCAAUUGUUCUUAAUCCAAACACUACUGAUACUGUGCCGGGAACUGCACCUGAAGCAUUUGGUCGUGGGAAGAGAAUCCUCAGUAUCUCUGCCCUGAUUGCUAUCGGUGCUGCUGCUGCUAUUGUCAUUGGUGUAAUAGCUAUCACCGUGCUCAAUCUUCGCGUACGGUCUGCCUCUUCUCGAUCCGCUGUGGCUCUCGCUUUUUCUGGCGGUGAUGACUUCAGCCACUCACCAUCUACAGAUGGGAACUCUGGGAAGCUUGUCAUGUUUUCAGGUGAUGCCGAUUUUAGCACUGGUGCACAUGCCCUUCUCAAUAAAGAUUGUGAACUUGGAUGUGGGGGAUUUGGUGCUGUCUAUCGGACUAUGCUGAGAGACGGACGGUUUGUUGCCAUUAAGAAGCUAACUGUAUCUAGCCUAGUCAAGUCCCAGGAAGAUUUUGAAAGGGAAGUAAAAAAAUUGGCAAAAGUUCGUCAUGCCAAUCUUGUGGCACUUGAUGGAUAUUACUGGACCCCCUCAUUGCAGCUUCUCAUUUACGAAUUCGUUUCAGGUGGAAAUUUGUACAAGCAUCUUCAUGAGGGAUCUGAUGGAACCUAUCUGUCUUGGAAUGAAAGAUUUAAUAUUGUCGUUGGGGCUGCAAAAGGCUUAGCUCAUUUACACCAAAUGAAUGUGAUUCACUACAACUUGAAAUCAAGCAAUAUAUUGCUUGACGGCUCUGGUGAACCUAAAGUUGCUGAUUAUGGUUUAGCUAGGCUGCUGCCGAUGUUGGAUAGGUAUGUGCUGAGCAGCAAGAUUCAGAGUGCUCUUGGUUACAUGGCACCUGAAUUUGCAUGCAAAACAGUCAAGAUAACUGAGAAAUGCGAUGUUUAUGGCUUUGGUGUCUUGGUCUUGGAGAUAGUCACUGGGAAGAGGCCUGUUGAGUACAUGGAGGAUGAUGUUGUGGUUCUCUGCGACAUGGUUCGGGGAGCACUCGAAGAAGGAAAAGUUGAAGACUGCGUUGAUAGUCAGCUGCAAGGAAAAUUCCCUGCCGAGGAGGCAAUUCCAAUGAUGAAACUAGGCUUGAUCUGCACAUCCCAGGUGCCUUCAAGCAGGCCCGACAUGGCGGAAGUAAUUAACAUAUUGGAGCUGAUACGAUGCCCUUCUGAAAGCCAAGACGAAUUGGGAGAUUCCAGUUAACCACCAUUAGGAACUUGGAUCUUGCAGUAGCAAUGGCUGAUCCGGCGAACAAGAAUCCGGUAACUGAUUUCAUUACUUCUAUGUAAGGAGAAGUCACAUUUAGGCUCUUUUGAAUUCUUUGUCUCUCUCAGUUUCCUGUUUUCCUUCCUUUUGUGUUUUUCAUAACGUGAUUUUUGGUGCACUAGUUGUUAAGUUUAUGCAGUUUAGUUCUUCUCCAUGUCAUGUCACACUUGGUUUCUGGAUUCUUUUUCACCGGCUUAAUUCAGGACCUUGUUCUUAACAUCAAAUGCUGAUUCUUGCCUCCUAUUACUUACUGCUAUUUGGAAUGGGGGCAAACUUGGUAUUUACUAUUUAGGGUUUUGAUCAUUUGUGUGGAAGAUACUAAGGAGCAUGUGAAAAGCUAAGCACAAUGAGCUGUCAGUCAGUCAUUGUGUCACCAACACAGAUGCAAUUAAGGCACAAUUAAAGGCCAAUAAAAUAAAUAAAACACUAAUUGGCAUUUCCAUGCAUCACCCUUGCACAUGGUAUAUUAAUUGUAGCUUGGUUUAAUUUAUUUGUGCUUUUCCAUAUACUAUAUAGGUUAGCUUUAUCAACCAUAUUUGAAUAUGCUGUGGUGCAGUGCAGCCAUGGUUGGCCAAUACAAUCAUGUCACUCUGUUGCACUUGUCAGCAGAAAAUCCACUAAUUUAAAAAACACACUUAUUUUGUUGUCAAAUUUGAUUCUUGCAUGAUGUACAGAAAUGAUGCCUGAAUAGAAUGGUUCCU